UUAGCUUUCCUCUUGUAACAAAGCGUGAGAUUGUAACAUUCCCUGUAUCCUCUUCACUGCGGAACCACCACCGUAGAAGGAGGAUACCACCACCGCUCUCUACACGAUGAACGAUUUCGACGGCCUGUUAGGUACCGAAUUCGGGUUCAAACCCCGAGGCAAAUCAGUUCCAAUGGCUGGAUCCUCCAACUUCACAACCACCACUUCUUCUACUUCCUCCGUCAACUUCGAUUUAGGUCCUCAAUCUUCUUCCAGUUCCACCAAAACCCCCUCCGCCGAUCUCGACUCGGUUUUCCGGGCCAAGUCCGUCAACUUUCCUGUCUACGACGACGACAUUUUCGACGGCGUCCCCGGUCUCAGAACCUCCUCCUCCUCCAAACUCCCAUCCUACGACGACGUUUUCGCUUCUCCGGGAGAGGCCACCGCCUUCGACGAUCUUCUCGGCGGCUUCGGUCAAUCCAAGAGCUCGCGGAAGGAAUUGCAUGAUGAUGAUAAAGGUGGUUCCGCCGAUUUCGAUGACUUGAUCCCUGGAUUCGGGAGCAGUACUACUACCAAGGCUUCCACUGAAACUGAAAGGCCCAGUCCUGAUAUUGGUUUUUCAUCAGAAUCUACUGUCAAUGCAUCUAAAAUGGCCUCCAGUGCAAUGGAAGACCCUUUCAAAGUAUUUGAAUCAGCUUCAGCUCCAAUAGACUCAUCCUCAGGGCACUUUACAGACCCAUUGGACGAAAUUAGUAAAUUUACUAGUUCUAGAAGCACAAGAAAUGAUAAGUCAUCAAAUUCUAAUGGUGUAGUAUAUGAUGAUACUGAUCAUUUCGAUGUACUUGGAAAUUCAGUACCAGCAUUCUCAUCAGAGAGAAAUAGCAGGCAGGGCAGCAGUUCCCCAACACCACGGUCAAACACAAGUUCAAGUUGGACUGGAGAUAAAGAAUCAUUUGACAAAUCGUCUGUGAGGAGUCCUGAGACACAGACACAAAACAAGAUUCCUGUUGAACAUGAUCAGGAGUUUCAUCAGGCUCCAUAUGACAUGCCUACAUAUUCAACAGAUUCUACUCAACCAGCUGGCCAAAGGUCUACAUCCCCUUCUUAUGAUGAUGAUGGUUUGAGACAUGUCAAUACUCAGGCGGAUAUGUCUCCAAGAUAUGAAGAAAAUUUGAACUCAAAUGAUGAUAUAUGGCUGGUGGUAUCGGAGAUUCCUCUUUUUACACAACCAACUGCUGCUCCACCACCUUCAAGACCACCUCCUCCCCGACCAGUACAUAUCCCCAAAUCUGGAACAAGUUCAUCAGCCUCUGCCAAUGCCAGAAAGAAAGAUAAUGAAUUUUCUUCUUUCCCAAGCUCCACUCGGUUUUCUCAGAAUCCUAAAUCAGCUCCUGCUGCAACCAAGUUUUCUUCUGCAUCUCAGUUUGAUGAAGUUGAAGAUUUUGCCAUGGGUAAAAGUCAUUGUAAUGACACUCAACAUGGAAAUGGUCUUCCUGAUGAAGAAAUAGAGAUGAACUCAGCUGCCGCAGCUAUGAAGGAGGCUAUGGAUAGAGCUGAAGCUAAGCUUAGGCAUGCAAAGGAGGUUAGGGAGAGAGAGAAUACGAAAGCUGCAAGAAGCAAAGAACAUGUGCAAGUGGAAAGUGACAGUGCUGAGCCUGAGGAGAGAGGAAAUAAGGAAUGGUUAGACCACGAGUGGCUGCAAAAGGAGAGGGAGGAAAACGAGCAAAGAAAACUUCAGAUGGAAAGGGAGGAGAAAGAAAGAGAGCAGAGACUUGAGAGCGAAAGACAAAAGGCAAGACAGGCUGUAGAAAGAGCUACGAGAGAAGCGCGUGAAAGAGCAGCUGCUGGAGCUCGCCAAAGAGCUGAGAGGGCUGCAGUCGAGAGAGCUAAUUCAGAAGCUAGAGGGCGUGCUGAAAGGACUGCAGUUCAGAGGGUACAAGCAGAAGCCCGUGAAAGGGCUGCUGCUGAGGCAAAGGUAAGAGCUGAAAAAGCUGCUGCACAGGCAAAGGAGAGGGGAACGCGAGUAAAAGUAACUGCUUCUGACGCACGAAUUAAAGCUGAACGUGCUGCUGUUGAAAGGGCUACUAUGGAGGCCCGAGAAAGAGCUGCAGCUUCUACAAGGAUGAGCCAACAAAAGAAUGAAAAUGAUUUUGAGUCAUUCUUCAGCACAGAUGCACGAGCCAAUAGUGCUCCAAGGCCUCCUAGAGCUAGCUCUUCAGAUUCUGCAUUUGAUUCCCAAUUUCAGUCAGAUGUAACCCGGAAAUCUACAAGUACAUCUUCAAACAUGAAGAAAGAAUCAUCAUCCACUAAUAUUGUUGAUGAUCUCUCCUCAAUUUUUGGAGCUUCUCCGUCACCUAGAGAAUUCCAGGAAGUUGAAGGGGAAAGUGAAGAAAGGCGAAAGGCCAGGUUGGAACGCCUUCAAAGGGCUCAGGAGCGUGCGGCAAAAGCAUUGGAUGAGAAGAAUCAACGGGACCUACAAACUCAAAGAGAGCAAGCUGAGAGACAUAGGCUUGCUGAAACACUGGAUUUUGAAGUUAAGCGCUGGGCUGCAGGAAAAGAGGCGAACUUGCGUGCUUUGCUUUCCACGUUACAAUAUGUACUGUGGUCUGAAUGUGGUUGGCAGCCAGUUUCUUUGACUGACUUGAUAACAGCCGCGGCUGUUAAAAAGGCUUACAGGAAAGCUACAUUGUGCAUUCAUCCUGAUAAAGUGCAGCAGAAGGGUGCCACUCUUCAACAGAAAUAUAUUGCAGAAAAGGUGUUUGAUUUACUCAAGGAAGCAUGGAAUAAGUUCAACUCAGAGGAGCUUUUCUAAUCUCAAAAUGACAUUAACAACUCCAGGGUACUUUCCUCUGCCAUUUCCGUCGAGGGUACCUCAACCCUGUUUCAGCUUCUACCCCACUGCACAUUUGUUUCGAUUCGGGUUAUGUUGCAUUGAUGGUAAGAAAAUCGAUUUCCUUAUCUGGUGUGAGGAUUCCCAAAUGCUACACUGGGGAGUAAUUUUUGGUGCAAUUAAUGCUAUCUUGGGUGGCUGUUGGGUUUAUACAGAUGCUUAAGAAUAUUGCAUGUUUUGUUGUAAAAUAUCUUUUAGUGGCCAUUUCUCUCAAUUUAAUUCAUUAUUUAUGGUCGAGAGCUCAUGAGCGAUCAAUUUUCCUUUUCUCAAUUUUAUUACUUGUGAUAUAGUACAAUCUCCUGAAGAUAUAUUAUACCACCUUGUAGAUUGACAUUAAAAUGUGGAAACGUGUAAUUGAGAUGAAUUAUUUCCA